GCCUGCGCGCUUCUGUUUUUUUCCCCCCCGCUUGCGGGCCGUGAUACGUGGCUGUUUUGGGGGAAAACGUGGUGGCCCGCUAGCUGAACUAGAGUGAAGCGGAUCUCGUAUCGUCAGCUGGGAGCCGCUGCUGCCUGUUACCGAGCCGGGCUGGAUGGCAGGGACACACCGGUGUGAGGACUCGCUAAAUUACAAGCAGUGCCUUUGCUGGUUGCAUGUGCUCUUUGGACCUUGGGACGGAUGAAAGGAGAAAGCUGUGGACGGCCCGGCUGGGCUCUAGCUGCUGUGGUCACCAGUGUAACCCUUCUGGUGGCAACUUCCAGGGGGACCUUAAGCAGCCAAAAGAUUACAAAGACUGCCAUGUCUCAUGCUACAGCCGCCGCUGCGGGACCAGGCCGCAGCCUGACAGAAGAUCUGCUUGGCGGCUUCCAGGUCGUGGCAGACUUCUUUGCCAGUGAACAUGCUGUUUGGAUGUGCUCCCUUCUGGGAUCUGUAGCAGUGGGCCUCAGUGGGAUAUUCCCCCUGCUGGUCAUUCCCAUUGAAGCUGGAGCAGCCCUCAAAACAGAAGCUGGCUGCCAGAAACUGAAGCAGCUUUUGAGCUUCGCUAUAGGAGGUCUCCUAGGGGACGUGUUCCUUCACCUCCUUCCUGAAGCCUGGGCCCUUUCUGACCACUCAGGUGGUGCCCAUCAUUGCUACAUGACCCAGGGUCUGUGGGUAAUCAUUGGCCUGCUAUCAUUCUUGGUCCUGGAGAAGAUGUUCCCAGACCAGGACCGCCACGAGGAUGUUGCCCCAUCUCCAGGCCUUUAUUGUAAUUCCACUACAUCGUCUGCUACAGCCAACGGUGGAAAGUCCAUGACAGCACUCAAGAAUGGACACAACUCUGAGACAUGGAAGUCCAAGACCAACAUCAGCCAGCAGGGAGGAUCUGGGAAAAUUAAGAUCAGUGGCUACCUAAAUCUACUGGCCAAUUGUAUUGACAACUUCACUCAUGGUCUGGCUGUAGCGGGCAGUUUCCUGGUCAGCAAAAAGGUUGGGUUCCUCACCACCUUUGCCAUCCUCCUCCACGAAAUCCCCCAUGAGGUGGGAGACUUUGCCAUCCUGCUGCGAGCUGGAUUUGAUCGCUGGAGUGCCGCACGCAUGCAGCUCUCCACAGCCCUGGUCGGGGUGCUGGGAGCCUGCUUCGCCCUUUGUGCUCAGUCUACAAAAGGCACAGAGAAUCCAACUGUGUGGAUACUUCCCUUCACCUCCGGAGGCUUCCUCUACAUCGCCUUGGUGAACGUGGUGCCUGACUUGUUAGAGGAGUCCAGUUUUAGACACUCCAUACUGCAGAUCUUGCUCAUCUGCUGUGGCGUCGCCGUCAUGGCCCUCCUGUCCGCCAUCGUAGGCUGACCGAGGACAAGGAGCCCUCUCGCUUCUCCGAACGACACCCACGAACUCCCUUCUUCUUCUCGACCUUCAACGAAAGCUUCGGCACAGUAACACUACCACGACCACUAGCACCACAACACUACCGAGAGGACCAGAAAAGAAGAGCGGCACUUUAAAGGACGACUGAAAAGAAGACUGUCUAUCUCCCGACAGCAGUUGGGGUCCGGACACCUUAAAAACGUGCCGGGCGUUAAACUGUGCGGGGAGUUUACCAAAUUGUCUUAAGAUGUUGGCCAGACAAUCCUGUUGUUUUGCACAUAAAGAAGGUACACGUGAUGUUCCUCGCCAGCCCGAACCGUGUUGAUACCAGCUCUUCCCUGUCGGGAAGUACUCAAACCCCCCCCUCCCCCUUCCCCCCGGCCCCAGUUUCAUACAUACAGUAUUUGUUGUUACAGUUGUGCGUCCCCUCUUUCUGCUGCAGUGUAUUUAUUGAAAAAAGACGAGCAAGUUAUUAUUUGCACCGUGUAACUCCAGUAGCCUGAAACGAAACAAGUGCCAAAAAAAACCCACACCAUCUCCUGUCGGACUCAUCCGUUGCAGCAGUGGACGCAGCACACCAAAGCCUGAUGUUGUGUUGUCGCGUCGUGUCGUGUUGUGUUGUGUUGCCCACGCUCACAUUAACCUGCUCAGCACGCCAUCGAACCCGAGUCUGUGCCUCCUCCCGUUAAGCUCGGCCAAACGAAAUAAACGGGAGGAUUGUUAAGGAGUAUAAGGACGGGAUCUGUUUAAGCGAGCGUGCGCUUUUACUUGGAAAACAAGGCUUCCUGGCUUCUUUAUUUUAAAAGAAAUCCAUCUCUAUCGUCUAGUAAAUUUGAGAACGACCGAUGAUUAAUGCCUGUCAUAAAAAAUAUAUAUUUUUAAGCAAAAUUCAGAGAUGCCUAUUGUAAUAAAUGACUAUAUGCUAAAGUGGCUAA